AUGAAGCUCAACGUCUUCGUCCCUGUCCUGGGCCUUUCGGCGCCAGCUAGCGCACUGCUUCGAUUCGGGUGCUCGCAACUUACCGUCCAGCGUGUGGAUCCUUUGGUCAAUCCUGGCCAGGCCCCGUCACCUCAUCUCCACCAGAUUAUCGGCGGCAAUUCUUUCAAUAUCUCCAUGGACCCUGAGACCCACGAUCUUGCCGCGCUCUCCACCUGCACAACUUGCCAAUUCACCGAAGAUUUCUCCAACUACUGGACCGCUGUGCUCUUUUUCCGGGCAAAGAAUGGUACUUUUAAGAGAGUUCCGCAGAUUGCCCAGGCCGGCAUGGAGGGCACACAGGGCGGCAUGGUCGUGUACUACAUGUCGGAUGCGCUCUUUGACACUGCCCAGAGGUCAAAGGUCACCGCCUUCAAGCCUGGUUUCCGUAUGCUUGUGGGCGACGCCAACUUCCGUGAUCGUGAGCAGGCUAAAGCUUACCGGCAGCUGACCUACAUCUGCAUGGAUAACCAGGGCAGCCGCACCCCGGAGACUGUCGAGUUUCCCAAGAGGGCUUGUCGUCUCGGGAUUAUGGCUAACCACCGCUUCCCAACCUGCUGGGAUGGUGUAAAUUUGGACACUCCUAACCAUCAGGAUCACGUUUCCUAUCCUGAAACCGGUACUUUCGAGUCAGGAGGCAAAUGCCCCGAUUCUCACCCUGUUCGAUUGCCGCAAUUGAUGUUGGAGACAGUUUGGGAUACUAGCUCGUUCAACAAUCAAGCGGAGUGGCCUGAAGAUGGUAGUCAACCGUUCGUGUGGUCGACUGGUGAUCCAACCGGCUUUUCCACCCACGCCGACUACGUUUUCGGAUGGAAGGAUGACUCCCUCCAGCGAGCCAUGGACGGCCAUACCUAUGUUUCUGCCCCUAUGCUCAAGUCUCAGAGCAUUGCUGAGCAGAAUAAGUGCAAGGUUGAGAGUAUGGUGAACGAAGAUAUCGAUGGCUGGUUGACGGAGCUUCCUGGAGGCAUGGCUGUCAUGUAA